AUGCUUAAACUCGGGGUCUGCGAUAAUAUUUUGCCCAGUAACCAGAUUUUAAGGGAAUAUGUGAUCCUUCAAGAGUACCUGGGUGGCGGUGACCUAUACGAAUCUAUAAACCCAGAAAAAGGUUUAACCAAUAUGGUUAAUGCAAAGAACUAUAUGUUGCAAUUGUGCGACGGUUUAAGUUACUUGCACGAUCUUAAUAUUGUUCAUCGUGAUAUCAAACCUGAAAACAUUGCUUUAACUAGCGAUCUUUCAUGUCUUAAAAUCAUUGACUUCGGUUUAUCCGAAUUUACAGUCCCCAAGAGAUCACACAAAAGACAGGUGGGUACAGUGCCUUACAUGGCCCCAGAGUUAUGGUACGAUCUCGAAUCGGAGUUUACUGAUACCGAUUUAAAAGCAGUAGACGUAUGGGCAUUCGGUGUGGUUUUUUUUACAAUAUUGACUGGAAGAUUCCCUUGGUCGCAGGCUAGUAGCGAAAGUGAGGAGUACGUAAGGCUCUUUCUCAAACUCCAAGAGUUGGAGCAGAUUACUAAGAUAGUUCAUAAGGCACUCACACCGCUCCCACCGCUGCUAAAAACUUCCGCUUUACUAAACAAUGCUUUAGCCGACCCGUCGUGCGGUGAAAGAAGCUCACCUUCCACGCAAUACCUACAGAUAAUAUUACAUACCGUCUUAUUCGCCCCUAGCGUUGCCACCUCCUCCGAGCGCCGAGUAAGAAAUGAGAAGGAUACACCACAAUCACCACUACUCAACCACGGUAUUGUUACCGAAAGCGAUAAAGACUAA